UUAUUAAAAUCAAAGUUUCUCAGUUCCAGCAGUCCGUCUCGUACCCGCCUAGGUACCCUAAGAGAUAUUAGAGCCACAUGAUAUAAUUUUCUUAAGAUAACCUUUCGUUCGUGGCGCUUUUUCUUAUGCAGGCAGACACAAAUUCGAAUUGCAUCUACCUCUUAUGAAAUUACUCAUGGAAGUAGAUACAUUAUGUAUGUACCUUGAUAAUUAUCACUGUUUUCUGCCGGUCUCAUUAAAGGCGUACGGAAUAUUAAUAUGGGGCGUCACACUCCACUUGCAUCGGUCUGACAUCCCUGUUGCACUUUUCUUUUUCUUUUCGUGAUCCCCUAGAAUAUCAUACCACUAUCUGUCGUGCUACCUUUUACGUAGGGGUAAAUUUAUGAAGAGUCAGCCAUUGGUGUAUUCCGAUUUACAUUUGUGAAGAUCUCAGUUCGAUUUCACCGGCUAUAGCCACGAGUGGCACCCCAGUCAGCCAAGCUGGUGAGCCUGCGAAUAUAAAUCUCACAUAGGAUCAUCUGUUCUCGAGAGGCAAGAGGAGGCAAGUCAACUUUCACAAUGGAAGCUCAUAAACAAGCCGUUCGCACCGUAUCCGCGACGGUCCGCGCACUCUUCGAGCGGGCGGAACCGUACCGCAUCUUUCACGGUAGUACCAAUUCGACACGUCCACCAACACAGAAGGCCGGGGCUCGCAUGAUCGACAUCAGUGGCUUGAAACGUGUAUUAUCCGUCGAUACCGCACGUCGCACAGCUCUUGUUGAGCCGAAUGUGCCUAUGGACCGUCUGGUAGAACUUACUUUACCCCACGGCCUUGUGCCUCCUGUUGUUAUGGAGUUUCCCGGCAUCACUACAGGAGGUGGGUUCGCGGGGACGGCGGGUGAGAGUAGUAGUUUCAAACACGGCUACUUUGAUGAGAAUGUGAAGAGUGUCGAGAUGGUCCUUCCGAAUGGAGAGGUUGUGGUUGCGACGCCUGAAAAGGGUGGGAAGUAUGAGGAUUUGUUCCACGGCGCUGCUGGCGCAUUGGGGACACUAGGAGUGGCAACCUUACUCGAGCUUCAGCUAGUCGAGGCCAGACGCUUCGUGCGCGCCACGUACAGACGUACGGGAAGUGUAGCAGAGGCUGUCAGCGUGGUAAAGGAGGAGUGCAAGCCAGAGAAGGGAAAUGACUACGUAGAUGGUAUAUUAUUUUCCAAGGAUCACGGCGUAAUUGUCUCCGGGAAACUGACAGAUGAACUACCAUCGGAUAACGCCAAGAUACAGACAUUCAGCCAUGCGUGGGACCCGUGGUUCUAUAUGCAUGUACGGGAUCGUACCAAUGCUCUACCUUCAUCAGCCGCUUCCGGGGAAAACACAGAGGUCACUGAGUACAUCCCUCUGGCGGAAUACCUCUUCCGGUACGACCGUGGCGGAUUCUGGGUUGGACAAGCAGCCUUCGACUACUUCAAGCCAGUACCAUUCACACGCUUCUUCCGCUGGUUUCUUGAUGACUUCCUGCACACCCGUAUGCUUUACCGCGCGCUUCACGGCAGCGGCGAAAGUGGACGCUUUGUCGUCCAGGAUAUUGGGUUGCCGUAUGAGUCCGCGGAGCCCUUCGUCGAUUAUGUCUCUGACAAGCUAGGCAUUUGGCCGCUAUGGCUAUGUCCCCUCAAGACGCCGGCGGGACCAACAUUUCAUCCACACUUAAGGUCUUCCCCUAACUCCACAAAUGGAGAACAAGGGGUGGCGGGAGAAAUGCUUAACAUCGGUGUCUGGGGCUGGGGUCCUAAGAACCGCGACGAAUUCGUUAAAGCAAAUCGGGAUCUUGAGCGUCGUGUUGCCGAUCUGGGCGGUAUGAAGUGGCUAUAUGCUCAUACGUACUACACAGAGCCUGAGUUUUGGAACGCGUACGGCGGGUACCAGAACUGGUACAAAGCCUUAAGAGAGAAGUACCGCGCCUCGUCGCUGCCAAACGUAUACGAGAAAGUAAGGAUUAAGGUCGAUGGAUCGGAGGAUAGGGGGUGGAAGCCUUGGCUCAAGGCACUAUGGCCUAUUGGCGGUUUGGUGGGUAUCUGGAAAGGUAUCAAAAGUAUGGACUAUAUGCUACACCGCAACGCGACGUGGAAAUGGAAGGGGAUUGGGGGAAACGCGAAGGAGAAGGCGUCGUAGGUAGGAGGCUUGUAGAGACGGGAUGGAACGGGACGGAAUGAGACUAUGUGGCUUGCAUUGCAUGAGGUUUACAAGGUAUCCAUACCUAGGUACGUGUAAUGAUUGCGUAUGAGGCUUGUACUACUACCAGGGACGGCUGUUAGCAUACAAGUGCUAUACAGCACGCUAUUAUAUCAAGAUAGAUAGGUACCUACCUAGGUACCUGAUAGAUUAAUGGACCUAUUCGUAUUCAGCUCACUAACGGGCUUAUAGAUUGACUUUUGGUAACCUUCACACUACGAAAAGAGCACUUCAUACGACUUCCUCCACGCUAUUCACAUCUCCAGCCACAUUCCAGCUGCAAAAAUAACGCCACAACAAGCCACCAGCGGAUACGCAUCAGAACACAAUAUCCUUAUUUUUAU